AUUUUGCAAUGGCAGUCUAAAACCCUACUCAAAGAUCAAAAUCCCUUUCGAUCUUCGCUUCGUUUAUCCGCCAUUUUUAUCAGCUCAUUGCUCGUUCAAAACGUCGACGUUCCGCUAACUUCGUCGUACAUGGUGAUCACCAGUUGCGUAUAGAUCAGUGGAACAAGAAGAAAGGAACUUCAACUAGUGGUUUUCUGGCGGAAAAACUUUCAUACAAUCAGCAAGUUUUCUUGGGAAACGUGAAUAUUAGAUUGAAAUUUCGUUUCCGGGAUAAAUUCAGUUUCAAACACGUCUCUAUUUUUCUGAAAGGGUUUCGGCGCGUUCCGAAUCGCGUUUCCCGGUUUCCCCGUUUCAGGACGUUUCGGAAACGGAGCCAGAAAUGAAGCUUAUUCGGGUAGCAAUACGAUCUCUAAGUGAUGGAUUCUAUCAUCAUCAUCAUCAAUUUCAUCGGUCCAUCACUGCCCGAACCCUUUCCACCGAUUUAAAUCAUGGUCAAGGGAAUGAUGAGAACAAGGAUACCAAUUCAUCUGAGUCCAAUGUUGUGCGUCGCAUUUUUGGUGGGAUCUCUGAGGAUAAUGCCUUCAUUCAGAAUCUUGACAGUAUUGAGAAGGCUCGGUUUGGAAUGGGGACGGGUUCUACUGAAUUCGGAGGUGAUUACAGUACGUUGCUUGAUGGGAUGGAGAAGAAACUGAAUGAUGCAGCUAAAUACUUUGAAUUCAAUCCGGAUGAGAUUAACCAAGAAGAUUAUACCUUUAGAACAGACAUGAAUUUUAAGCCUGGUGUGACAUAUAACCCCGAGGAUCUUGAUCUUAGAAAACCAGGAGUUUGGAAACCUAGCAAACGGCCUGAGUUUCAAGUAACUACAGAGGAGGUUCUAAGGCAAGCAGAUUUCCGGAAUGUGAGAUUCCUUGCGAACUUUUUGACUGAUGCUGGAAUACUCAACAAGAGGAGCAAGACUGGAAUUAGUGCGAAAGCCCAAAGGAAAGUUGCAAGGGAGAUCAAGACAGCCCGUGCUUUUGGAUUGUUGCCUUUCACAACAAUGGGGACAAAACAAUUUGCAUUUGGGCGAACGAUGGAGGAUCUUGAUGAGGAUUUUCGGUUGGAAGAGGAGUAUGACACCCGAGCUGCUGACUUGGUUCAGGAUCCUGUUGAAUGAUAGCUGCUCGCCUAUGAUAACUGUUAAAUUUCAGAGUAUUUAAGUCAGCACAUGACCCCAAUUCAACAAGCUUGACGGUGUGUAGUCUUUUGUAUUCAGGCAAGCUAGUGAAAUUAUAUGGCCGUUAUGAUGCAUCAUUACUUGCUUUUCGUUUUGAUUUCUCCAUUAUGGAUUGCUUGGUGGGUUACUUGUGGUUCUAGAUGUCUGUAGAAUAUUUAUUCACAUCGUCUGAUAAUGAAGAUGAGAUGCAGAACUAUGUCAUUAAACUUGCUCUUGUUAUACAAGUUCAAUGAUCUAUACUAUUUCUUUCUUCUGCUA